AUGGUGAAAGCGACAAAAGGGUAUUUCCUAAGAACAGAGCCUAGCGUAAAAGAGGUGAUAUUGAAGCUUGGGGAGACGGAGAACUUCGUAAUAGAGGACAUAAACGAUACGUGCGUCUUCAUCACACCGGAGGCAGCCUCAGACAUCAAGGACAGGGUUGAGCUUAUAAUGAGCAAUGCAAGGAACCCAGGGAAGUAA